GAUGCUAACAUCUGAUCAGGGUGGUCUUUUCGGGAAGAGACCUUGUCAUCCUUGAAGGUCUUCGCAGCCUGCUGGGAAGACAAAGAGAUACAUCGUGUGCCGAUCCAGCAGCUCGCAGUAUUUUGCCCAACAUGGCCGACCCGUUUAUCCACAGUCAGUAUGACACCAUUCUGAUCCUCGAUUUUGGCUCUCAGUACUCGCACCUCAUCACGCGAAGAUGCCGCGAGCUGAACGUGUACUGCGAGAUGCUGCCGUGCACCCAGAAGAUCAAGGACCUGGACUGGAAGCCAAAGGGGAUCAUCCUGUCCGGCUCCCCGUACUCGGUCUACGACGACGGUGCGCCACGUGUCGACCCAGACGUCUUUGAAGCUGGUGUCCCCGUCCUGGGCAUCUGCUAUGGGUUGCAAGAGAUCGCAUGGAACCACGGCGGUAAGGUGGACCCACAUGAUCACCGCGAAUAUGGUAGUGCUACUAUUAGCAUUGUCAAGACGGGAGACAAGCACAUGGAUGCUUUGUUCGAGGAUGUCAGCGGCGAGGUACCCGUGUGGAUGUCGCACGGCGAUCAGCUCUCCAAGGCUCCUGUUGACUUCGAGGUCGUCGCGCGCACGCCGACGGCACCGUUCGCUGCCAUCGCUCACAGGACAAAACCUAUCUAUGGAAUCCAAUUCCACCCCGAGGUGACGCAUUCGCCGCGCGGCAAAGAGCUCUUCGAGUCCUUUGUUUCCAACAUCUGCAAGUGCCGGCGAGACUGGACGAUGGAGACAUUCAUCGACAAGGAGAUCAAACGCAUCCGGGACAUCGUCGGUCCGAAAGGUCGCGUCCUCGGCGCCAUUUCAGGAGGUGUGGACAGUAGUGUCGCCGCGAAGUUGAUGCACGAGGCUAUCGGCGACCGCUUCCACGCCGUCAUGGUGGACAACGGCGUCCUGCGAGCAGACGAGGCCAAGCAGGUCGACCAGAUGCUCAACAAAGAUCUAGGCGUCAACGUGACCAUCGUCGACGCUUCUGAUCUCUUCCUCAGUCGGCUGGAGGGUGUAGAGGACCCAGAAAAAAAGCGCAAGAUCAUCGGCAACACCUUCAUCAAUGUCUUUGAAGCAGAGGUCGCCAAGCUCGAGGAGCAGGCGGAGAAAGAGGAGCUAGCGGCGCUGGCCAGCGGCAAGGCGCACGAGGCCAAGGGCAAGUUUGAGUUCUUGCUACAAGGAACGCUGUACCCGGACGUGAUCGAGAGCAUCAGCUUCAAGGGACCCUCGGCGACCAUCAAGACGCACCACAACGUUGGCGGCUUGCUGGAAGACAUGAAGCUGAAGCUCAUUGAGCCGCUGCGCGAGCUGUUCAAAGACGAAGUCCGCGCUCUCGGCCGCGUCAUGGGCAUCCCGGAGCACCUCGUUGGGCGCCAUCCGUUCCCUGGCCCCGGCCUCGCGAUCCGCAUCCUCGGGCCCGUCACACGCGACCAGGUCAAGAUCCUGCAGCACGCCGACAAGAUCUACAUCGAGGAGAUCCGCAAUGCUGGCUUCUACGACCAGAUUAGCCAGGCGUUCGCGGUGCUCCUACCGGUACGCGCCGUCGGCGUCCAAGGCGACAAGCGGACGUACGACCAGGUCAUCGCCCUCCGUGCGGCGCAGACGACCGACUUCAUGACUGCCACCUGGUUCCCGUUCCCAUUCGACUUCCUGUGCAAAGUCUCCAAUCGCAUCACCAACGAGGUCGCCGGCGUCAACCGUGUCGUCCUUGACAUCUCCUCCAAGCCUCCCGCAACUAUCGAGUGGCUAUGAGCGCUUCGCGCUUCUUUCCAAAUUCGCUGUACACUACAUGUCACUCUUUAGACGCAAGCAACAGGUGAUAGAG